UGUGAAGGGCUGGGUGUGGUUUUUAGUGACGGAAAUAAGUGGGCUGCAGCGUGGCAAGAGCUAAAUGGUGCCCGUGCACUACAUCUGCCGGAUGGAGCCGCUUUCUUGGGGACGAGGCCGGGCUUCGUGUCUGAGCGCAGUCGGGAGAGUUGUUAUUCCAAAAGUGCAUGGCGGCUGAAGUCUUCUUCCACCUGGGAGGUGUCCCCUAUAGAAUAACAAAGCCUGCCCCCCCCCCGACCCCCACUUUGCUGGAUUGCUUAUUUAUUUUAUAUAGCUGCCCAUCCCACAUACGGGGCUGUUGUUUAUAAACCCUACCGCAUGCCUGUUUCAUAGAAAGGGUGGGGGGAGUUGGCUAGAGGAGCGCAGACAUACUACCUAUCCUUACCCAUUGAAUCUUGAAGACCUCAACAAGUACCCUGUCAAUAUUAGGUGGCCAUUGGUUAAACCGUUACGUGUCGUGUGACCUGUAUUAGAUUUUUGUUACUUCUUUUGAAUGCUUCUCCUUUAAUUGUAUACAUGUUUCUUUUGCAAGUAAUCAUGAUUUUUUUCAUUAGCCGGAUUCCCAAAGAUAUAACUAAUUUUCAAACUUGUCAACUUUAAGAUGGGUGGACCAACUCCCUGAUUUCUGACUGGGGAAUUGAAGUCACUAUAUCUUAAAAGUUGAAAAAUUUGACAAACUGUAGAAAUCCUUCAACAUAAUCCACGGUGAUCCACCGAAUCCACACUAUGUGCAGUAUUUGUCAGAGAAGGUGUUUGUCGCCUUCAUUUCAGAGGUGUAAUAUAAAUCAUUAGAAACUUUGUCUUGCUAUCUAAGGUGAACUGAACAAUUAUCUGUUUGUAAUUCAUUACAGGUUUUACUUAUGUGUGCAAAUAUGUAAUGGUGAUACUAUAAGAAGUAAUGAAGUCUUGGCUGUUCUACUUUUGAAUUAUCAGGACAGUAUUCUGUUUUUGACAAUAAGCCCAAUAGCCAGUUUUGUAGAUAAAUUGUCAGUCUGCUUUUGAAUUUUUCUCAAAAGCUUGAAAUUUAUAGUUUUAUCAAAUAGGUUACAAUGAUUUAUCCUGAUUAGGAGCAUGUUUAGAUUAGAAUUCCCUUAGCUCAUUAGCUUCAAAAUAAAAAUAGUUUAAUAUACAGGUAAUCCUCGUUUAGCAACUACCUCAUAUACCAACAGUCGUAGUUAAGUGGUAAUAAAAAGUAGCUUUGUAAAUAUACUUCACAGGUCUGGAAAGCAAAAGAAAACUGAAGUAAGAUUGUAAACUCAGUUGUGGUUUCGCUUAGUGACUGCUUCACUUAACAACUGAGUUGCUGGUCCAAUUGUCACUAAAUGACAAUCUUCUGUACUGAAAUUGUUUAAGUAUAUUCAGAAUUAGAGUGGAGAUAGAUAUAAAGCAUUGCAAUUUCAAUGUCACAGGGUAAUUUGUGUAAAUUAUUGUACAUACCAAGACAUUAACUCUUUGUGAAAAAUUAAAUAUCCAGGUUAUCCAUGAUGCAUGUGUAAUAGUAUUAUAAUAUGUACAUUAUUCUACUUAUGGACUAAACAGAUGUUGCUAUAAUUGAAAAUUGUAGAACUACAGUAUCUUUGUCAGACAAGUGUGCUCUCUUCAACAGAGGGCAGCACUUUAGGGACUUUGGAGGUCGUACAUUCCUGUUCUGUAGCCAUUAAGAAUAGUUUUUGUUUUUUUUAAAGUAAAAGUAACAGCAUGUAGAAAAGAAAAAAGAAGCUCUACAAAUGAGAAACAAGACAGAUGUAAGUCCUCUUUUAGAAAUUAUCUUCAGGGCUGCAGACUUGUUAAUAUAAAAGUUUUGUUAUCUUUUAGGUACUUUAUUUUUAAAGGCAUUUAAUCAUACAUUUUGGAUGGAAACUGCAAAGGCUGAUGAUGUCAAAAAAUCUUCAAAAAGAAAGACACCUCCAAAUAAAGAAAUUGACUGGGUGGAACCAGAUUUCUGUGAGACUGCAAAACUGUCAUCUAGUGUUCGCCAUAAACAAUUGCUCACAGAUACUGACAAUUAUCACAAGAGCAAAGAGCAUUUUCCUCUGCUUGAAAAUUACAAGUGUGGGAGAAAAAUAAAACCGUUUUCUGUAGAUGAGAAAUAUAAACACUUCAAACAAAAUCACAGCCAAAUUGAACCAUGGGUAGAUAAAUACAAACCAAAAACUCAGAGUGAUCUUGUCAUUCACAAGAAAAAAAUUGAAGAAGUUGAAAGAUGGUUAAAAGAUCACAUAUUUCAAAAUCAGCCAAGACAGGGAGGCUCCAUCCUAGUGUUAACUGGCCCUCCAGGAUGUGGGAAAUCGGCAACUGUGGAAAUAUUAGCCAAGGACCUUGGUAUUCAGAUACAAGAAUGGAUAAAUCCUGUAUCGCUAGACUUCAAAAAACACGACUUUCAAGUUGCUUUCAAUCAUGAAUCGGAUUUUAAGAUACUUCCUUAUCAGAGCCAGGCAGCUAUCUUCCAAGAAUUUCUUCUAAGAGCAAACAAGUAUAUCAAGCUUCAGAUGGUUGGAGAGACCAUGGAAACUGACAAAAGACUUAUUCUUGUGGAAGAUAUGCCAAACCAUUUUUAUCAUGACCCUAGCAGUUUACAUGACAUUCUGAGGAGUUUUUUGCGGACAAGCAGAUGUCCUCUUGUAUUUAUAAUAUCAGACAUUUUCAGCACAGGCAGCAGCCAGAGGUCUCUAUUCCCAAAGGCAAUUCAGGAAGAACUGUAUAUAACAACCAUUAGUUUUAACCCAGUGGCACCAACACUGUUGAUGAAAGCCCUAAAUCGAAUAAUCACAGGGGAGAUCAGUAUGAGAAGAGAUAAAAUUGAUGUUCCUGACAAACCCAUCUUAGAACUGAUUUGCAGUGGAUGUUCAGGGGACAUUAGAAGUGCAAUAAACACACUUCAAUUUUCUUCUCUACAAGAGAGGCCAUCAGACAAAAGCCUAUGGUCACAAAGAAAGAAAAAAUCUGUUUUAAAAUGUGAUACAUCAUCUAAAAUAAAGGAAAAAACCCUAUGCAAUAAUUUUUUAGAGGACCAAGAAAUACCAGCUAUUGGUAGCAAGGAUGCUUCCAUCUUCCUUUUCCAUGCUUUGGGGAAAAUACUUUACUGCAAAAGAGAACCAGGUACAGAGAUGGACUUUCCUCGGUUACCUCAUCAUUUAUCAGAAUAUGAACGACAGCCCUUGCUUGUUCAACCUGAGGAUGUCAUAGAAAAAUCACAUAUGCCUGGGGACUUAUUUAAUGUAUACCUUCACCAGAAUUAUUUGGAGUUCUUCUCUGAUAUCGAUGAUAUUGUAAGAGCCAGUGAAUAUUUAAGUACUGCAGAUUUUCUUUGCACUAACUGGGAUGCACGAGCUACACUUCAAAAGUAUAGUGCCUCUGUAGCCACAAGAGGUGUGAUGCACUCAAACCGAGCCAGAGCUUUUGCACAAUGCAAAAGAGGAAUGGGCUUUAGACCUCUCCAUAAACCACAAUGGUUCCUAAUUAAUAGAAAGUAUCAAGAAAACUGCUUUGCUGCAAAAUCCCUCUUUUCAAGUUUCUGUUUAUCACCAUUGUGUCUUCAGACUGAGCUAAUACCUUAUCUUACCAUGCUGACUAAUCCAAUGAGAAACCAAGCUCAGAUUACCUUUAUUCAGGAUGUUGGGAAACUUCCUUUAAGAAAUCACUUUGGAAGGUUGAAACUUGAAACUCUUACUGAUAAGGAUUCUGCAAUACAAAUCCUGGACAAUGAUGAUGAAGAGUUUUCUGAGAAGCAGUCUACAAUUCUGCAUAUCCAAGGAGAGAAAAUAAAAAACAGUGAGGAAAAUGAACUGGAUGAAUUCCUUCCUGCUUCUAGUCAGAGUAAUGAAAAUGAACUACCAGCCAGUCAACCUCAGCCAGUUGCAGCACAAGCAAUAAUGGAAGCAGAUGACCUAAAUAUAGAAGAAUAUGACAGUGAAUAACAUAAAUAGCAAUUCCAAAGCUGUGAUAAUAUUUAAAUUAUAAUUUUACUUUUGUUUCAUAUUUUAUAUCCAAAUGUACAGGAAAGAUAGAAAUAGCUUUGUUAUUUCUGCAAGCUGUUAAAAUUUGUCAUGAAUAACAAUUAAUAUGGAGUAAAAUGAGUACAGAGUCUUUAUAUUUUUAAGCCUAUACUGAAAAGCUUCAGUUAAAACUCAAGGUUUCAAUUCUCAUCCAUACAGAAUAAUGGAAAUAAAUGAGAAGAAAUAUAUUUACUUUGAUAUUUUAUACUUGUAUUUAUCUUGUAGAUACUGAAGGCAUUGUCAACUAUUUUGUUAUUGUUUCACAAGUUUAGAUAUAACUUGCGAUGAUGAAACAUUGCACAAAAUGUUUAACCUGGGCUGUGUAAUAUUUAAUAUGUAAAUAAGUCUCUGAAUGCCUUAUUAAUAAAUUGUAUCAUUAUAGUUUCUGAAACAAA